AUGGUCGAUGAGUGUUUGUUGCUCACAGCGGUGGUGAUGGUGGUGGUGGUGUGGCUGCUUGGGAUUGACGAUGGUUGUUCGGUGGUGUUCUUUGGGGUUCGGCGGCGGUGCUUUUUGCGUCGUAGGGAAGCCAUCUGUUUCCCCUCGCGAAGGUGUAUCGCCCUGGUGCUGUGCUCAAGACCCUUCCCGCGGUUGCCAAGGUGGUGCGGCAAGGAGGACCUAGCUUCCAUGGAGAUGGAGAUGGAGAUGGAGAUGGAGAUGGAUGGGAAGAGCAACGGCGUGACCAAGGUGUGUGCAGUGGGGCAUUUUGUGUGCUUGAACUGUCGCGACAAGCUCCUGGAGACAAAGGAGAACAAGGUUUGGGGUGUGUGCUCCAGGGACGUCUCGACCCGCUGCCAUGACAUGGAGCGUGUCGUCGACUCCAUCAUCGUGCCAUGCUCAUAUGCCGUGCAUGGGUGCGGCGACACAAUCGCCUACCACAAGAAGAGGGCGCACGAGGAGGGCCAUUACCAGGCCUCAACGCUGGAUACGAUCAGGAGCACGUCGCUUUCUGACAGACUGCCGACAAACUACUUCCUCACCGUUCCCAAGGCUUGCCGUGGAGGUGGCACCCGUGUCGUGCUUAGCGUGACAAUUGAUACAGAGAUGGUGUAUGGAGACGAUGACGAACUAGAGGAGGAGGAUGAGGACGAUGAGAGCUACAACAAGGAGGAAGAUGAGGACGAGGACAACGAUGAAGACGAAGAUGAUGAGACUAGCGACGAGGAUGAUGAGAGCUACAACAACAAGGAGGAGGAGGCACAGGAGGAUGAGGAUAGUGAUAACCAUGAGGAUAAUGAGACUAGCGACGAGGAUGACGAAAUUUGGGAGGAGGUUAGGCACAACGAUUACUAUUGA